GAUUCAUUAAUUACGCUUAGUUGCUGAGCGUGUUCGCUCUCAGUGGCACGAAUAAAUCUGCUACCGAACAGUCGUCACUCCAUCUCAUUACAUAUUACGUCCGACAAUGUGUAAAUAGUAUACGCGCGCCUCAUUUUUGAUGCUUUUCUCAGCGCGUUAGCGGCAAUUAUCAAUGCGUUAAGACCGCGAUUGCGACUCACCGUGACCGGGUCAUUAAACACUUUGAUGUCGCCAGUGCGAUCGCACUGCUUUAAUUGAAACAUUAUCUUCGACUAUCUCAUGGAGACCACCCAGCAGGUAGCAUCAUCUUACAGUAUGUGAAGGUUUAUAACAUCAUAACAUUCAAGACAAAGGAACUGGUGGCGUAAUAAUGCGUAACUAUAGCGCGACUUCCGGUUCGCGGGACCCUAUUUGGACGCAAGUGACGGCUGAUCCUGAAGAUGGAUUAAGAAAUUAUAAUGCUACAGGAAAUGGUCGGCAGAGAAAUGGAAAUGAAAGUUCGCGGGGAAACAUUAGUAUUGUUGGCGAAACGGCAAAAGCACACGAUAAAGAAGGGCUAAAUGUGCUUUCGGCAGCUAUUUUUAUCGCUGGCGAAAUGGCCGGCAGCGGUGUUUUAGCAUUACCACGGGCAAUUGUUGAUGCAGGAUGGAUUGGAAUAAUAUUACUGGUAGUGUUCUGCUUCAACGCCGGCUAUGGCGGUAUGUGCCUUGGUGCCUGCUGGGAAAUUCUGGAAGAACGAUUUCCCGAACAUCGAAUGCGUUCGCGAACUCCCUACGCGACCAUCGCACAACGUGCCGUCGGGACGUGGGGACGUGUGAUGGUCUCCGGGUGCAUUCAAAUCACCCUCUUCGGUGCUGGCACGGUUUAUUUACUGCUGUCGUCGAUGAUAUUUCGCGAAUUGUUCAGCAGCUACAUGCCGGAUUUGCAUCCGACAUAUUGGUUUUUGAUUAUUGCCGUACUCUUAACUCCACCUAUGUGGUUGGGAUCUCCGAAAGAAUUCAGUGUUGUUGGAAUUGGUGCCCUGUUGUCGACCGCUAUCGCGUGCGUUUUGUUUUUCACCCAAAUUGUCAUGGAUGGGCUAAAUAAUGACCAGACUGUGGUGCACCAAGUGCACGGUUUUCACGACUUUUUUAUAUCCUUCGGUACUUUAUUGUUCGCUUUUGGUGGGGCAUCAACAUUUCCAACCAUACAGAACGACAUGCAGAAUAAAAAACAAUUUUCUACGAGCGUAAUAAUUGCAUUUUCAGUGAUACUAGUGUUGUAUUUGCCUUUAACGAUCGGUGGAUUUUUCGUUUACGGCGAGGCGGUCACGCCGAAUUUUGCAAUGAUUUUGAGUAAAACCUCAUUGGUUACCAUUGCGAAUGUAUUGAUGGCUGUCCAUUUAAUUCUCGCUUUUCUCAUUGUGAUUAAUCCUGUUAGUCAAGAGUUGGAAGAAAUAUUCAAAGUCCCACGAUAUUAUCAUUGGAAGAGAUGUCUCCUGCGGACGAUGAUGAUACUAGCAAUGGUGGUAAUAGGCGAAACGGUACCCUCAUUCCGGAAGAUUCUCGCGUUGGUCGGUGGCUCGACGAUAACGCUGUUGACGUUUGUAUUUCCUCCGUUCUUCUACAUGCGGUUGUGUAAUCAGUCUAGUCCGUUGUGGCCGGAACGACACAUUCCCGGCUACAUCAAAGUCUACCUUUGGGAGCUGAUAUUCAUUGGCUUGCUAGGCGGAUCGGCGGCUACCUAUAGUGCGUUGAAGUCAAUCAUUGACUUUUAGUUUCAACUACAGUCCACAUUACACUCGAUUAGAAAAAUGAUAUUAUUCAAUACCAAUAUGAAUGAUUGAUAUUUGUUUGAACUAGUGAUCUGUUUAAGGAAGUGAUAAGAAUGACAUUAUUUAUGCUUGACUAAUACCAAAAUAAUACUGUUGUAGUUGUUAGCGUUUUUAUAUGUUUUGUGUGGGUCAGCAAAGCCACACACAAUGAGAUUAAAUUUUUGAACCAAUAAAUUUAUUAUUUUUCA